UGCUAAAACUCGGCAUCGACAACGUGAUAAACGAAAUACUCGAAGUCCUAGUAAUGAUUCAACAUUACAAAGUAACAUUCAAAUUUCAGCUACAGACAAUAAUUUUUAUCAAAAUUCAGUUGAGUUUAAUCUAAAUUCAGAAGAAUCCUAUCAAGUUUAUGAGAAUAAUUUUGAAAAUUAUAACGAUUUUGAUAAUAAUUUAGAAGUAGAUAAAUUUGGAAGUGGGUUCGAAUUGGAGGAUAGUUCAGGGCGUGAAGAUGAAUUGGUAUAUAAAUUGAAAAGUGGAGAUGAAUUAGAAGAUUAUGACGAAUCGGUAAAUAGCUUGGAAAGCAGAAAUAAAUUUAAUGAUGGUGAUGAAUUGAUGAAUAGUUUGGAAAGCGAAAAUGAAGUUGAGAAUAAUGAUGAAUUGAUGAAUAGUUUGGAAAGCGAGAAUAGUUUGGAAAGCGAAAAUGAAGUUGAGAAUAAUGAUGAAUUGAUGAAUAGUUUGGAAAGCGAGAAUAGUUUGGAAAGCGAAAAUGAAGUUGAGAACAAUGAUGAAUUGGGGAAUAGUUUGGAAAGCGAAAAUGAAUUUGAGAACAAUGUUGAAUUGGAGAAUAGUUUAUGGGGUGGAAAUGAAUUUGAGGACAAUGAUGAAUGGGAGAAUAGCUUAUGGGGUGAAAAUGGAUUUGAGGACAAUGAUGAAUGGGAGAAUAUUUAA